CAACCUUUUCUUUUUCUUUCUUUUUGCUCUUUUUUUUCAAUUUUUUAACUUAUCAAAAAAUUGUGAACUUCCUCAUUUUUCUAGUUUCAGACACUGAGCAGACGUUGAAAAUCUAAUCUUUUUUCCUUGCCUUAAAAUAAAUGUGUUACUCAAAGAAAACCAGUUCAGCUUAAACCCUUUUGUUUUGGUUUCUGAAGCUGUCUUUGUUUUAAUAAGUUCAAAGAACAGAAAAAACUAUCAUUUCAUGAAUGGAAAUAUGUAUCCAGUGAACAUAAGCCUGGUAUUUCCUCUGUUAACUGGUGAAGGUUUCUCCUUAUUCGAGGCCAAGUUCUUUGUGUUUCAGGAUUUCAGUCACGUUUCCUUUUAUGUAUACUGACAUUUUUUGUUUCUGCUAGAAGUUUCCGAGGUCAUAAUUCACAAAAGCAAAUUAUGUUGUUUUGUUUUUCUCUUUAAAUUUCCUUGGUCUGUCAUCCAGACUGAGCUAAAAAGACAGAACACAAUGAGAUUUCAUGGAUGCAAAAACAAGUUGUCACUUUGUUACUUAUCUGCCAUUCUGGGUCAGUAAUUUUCUGGGUUCUGGCCUGCAUUUUAUUCGGGAAUCCUGAAAUCUAGGCUGUCCAUGACCACUGAGGAAGACACUAUUAAAUAGCAAAAGAGUCAUCUUCUGAAUAGUACUAAGGUAAGGGUGAAGCGAUUGUGAUUGUGUUAUUGUUAUUUUCCAGCAGCACAGAAAAUGUUUGAGCUUCAUUGUACAUGCUGCAGGAGAGGAAAUCUGGGAAACAACUAGUAAUUGUUUUAUAAAAUGGACAAAAUUGGGAAGUUACAGUAUAUUUCAUCUCACAAUUUUACUUUCUUAGUGAAAAUAUGGCUUCAAAAUGCUGUUGGCUUGUAGCUACUUUGAAGGUUGAACAGGAAAAGUGUUUUCUGUCAGCAAAAGUUGGUUCAAUUAUUCAACUACAUUCAAGUAUGAGUGGAGCUUUAGAGACUUUCCAGAAAGCAAGAUACGUUCUGUUUUAUCCAAUUUAUUCAUUUGGCAUGCCUUUAAAAUGAAAAUUCAUGUUACCAGUGUGGUAUGAACUUUUGCCAGUGUCAUAGUUUUACGGCUGAGGUGUUCUGCAACAGUGGCUUUGGACAAGUUAAAGGUUAAUGGCAUUCUAAAUUAAGCUCAUCUGAGGUAUUGAAAACAGCUGCAUUAGUACAUGAAAAGUGGAUCCAGCAAAUGAUUCAUGGUUGUGCUGUGUAGUUUGGUCUGAAUAGGUUGAUUUUGAGCUGUGCAUAACUGAAGCUGACACUGACAGAGAAUGACUUCUAAAACGUCUUCUGCAAUUCCUCCUUCAGCAAGUUUUCCCUCUCAAGAACAGUAGUAUUUUCUACUGCUAUCUAGCUUAAUUGAGUAUCAAGGAGGUGGUAUAAUUGGGUUUACACGUCUUCCUUCCGGCACAUUAUGCUCCAGUAAAAUAUAAUUGGCCUUUCAUAUAUUUAUUGAAAUGGAGGUUAAAGAAGCAGAGAGGAUAGUCAUAGCUAAGCCAGUAGCUUCAAGGCCUACUUGUUCGAGUUUUAAGUCUUUCUCGGAGCUCCUUGCAGGAGCUAUUAAUGCCUCACCCCCUAAUGCCAGUUCUGAAAAUGCAGUUCCUGCAAUUAGACCGAAGACAGUGAGGUUCAAGCCAGUGGUGAAUCGUGCUCCAUCUGCUAUGAUUUCUUCCCAGGCAGAGCUCUCUGGAAUAGGUGUUUCUAAUUCCUCUGAUAAGGUUUUAAAAUCAGAUGUCAAACCUACUGUAGUAUACAAACCACAGGCAAAGCUUGUAUCAAAGACAACUGUUUCUCUAUUGGCAAACAUGGGAAACUUCAGUGCUAGCAAUCAACCAACACUGCAAUCAACAGAGAUACCAGCUCAAUAUACAAAACAAGAGAAAAAGAAUUUCAGAACCCAAGUUACUCCAAAUCUUCACCAGAAUACUUCAUCACAUGCAGAAACAGAUCAGACAAGUGAACCCUCAAAGGUGGGAUCUCAGAACAUGGAGGACCCAAAAAUUGUACCUGCCAUAGCAAAUAGUGAUCGACCUUCUUUUGAUGGCUAUAAUUGGAGGAAAUAUGGACAAAAGCAGGUGAAAGGAAGUGAGUAUCCACGAAGCUACUAUAAGUGUACGCACCCGAAUUGUCCUGUAAAAAAGAAAGUUGAAAGAUCAUUUGAUGGUCAAAUAGCUGAAAUUGUCUACAAGGGUGAACACAACCAUUCGAAACCUCAGCCUCUCAAACGAAAUUCAUUAGGGACCCAAGGGUUAGGAUUUACUUCUGAUGCGACUGGUCAAGAUACCAACAUCUCAUUGUGGAGUAAUAAUCCUAAUGAAAGGAAUGAACUUUCUGAAGGUAGAGUUGAAAAUCAGAAUGAAGCCGGGUUGUCUGCUCCCACAUCGUAUCAAGGCAAAGCUCUGCUACCUUAUGAACACGUUACUGCUGGAGCUAUUAAUGCUGGUGGAACUUCUGAAAAUUCCAUUGGUCUUAGUGGGGAAUGUGAGGAAGGAAGCAAGGAGGGAGAAGAUGAUGAACCUAGAAGUAAAAGAAGGAAAAGUGAGAAUCAAUUCAGUGAAGUGGGCACCUCAAGGGAAGGCAUCCAAGAACCUCGUGUUGUAGUGCAAAGUUCUACUGAUUCUGAGAUUAUGGGAGACGGCUUUCGAUGGAGAAAAUAUGGGCGGAAGGUGGUGAAGGGAAAUCCAUAUCCCAGAAGUUACUACAGAUGCACUAGUCUAAAAUGCAAUGUGCGCAAGCAUGUAGAAAGGGCAUCAGAUGAUCCUACAGCUUUCAUUACAACGUAUGAAGGUAAACAUAACCAUGAGAUGCCACUUAGGAACACAAAUCCUGUUGCCUCUGAUCCAGACUCUAACUCACCUGCUAGUAAAGACAAGCGAUGAAAGUAAUGAAAGAAGGUAUAGUAUCCAACUUGAUAUUUGGUCUGAUAAAGGCUGUGUCAGGACUCAAGGGCAUCAGAACCAAAGCCCUGAAGUGACUGUGAAGCAUACAAUAUGUGACUUUCUGCUACUAUAAGUCUGCUAGAUGAAGGCAGUUUUCACUUUUAUGGAGGACAUUAUGGAUCCUCGUCUUCUUCUAAUGCUGCCUGCCUUCAGCAUUACAUUCUUUUCUUUUCUUUUUUAAUUAAUCAUUUUCCCCAUCAUAUAAUAAGUAAAAACUUUGUAUAUCUAAUAUUUGAUAUAUCAUCAGCACUGCCUUGUUUCAGUUUUCUAGAGGUCUUCCAACUUCAGGCUGGUUUAGGUCUUUGUUAUUGAAGUGAUCAAUUCUAACUUCUGGUUUUUAUGCCCAGAAUUUAUGCAGAUCAUGAUGCUGUCUCAGAGAGAUGGCAUCAAAGUCCACUUGGAACUUUUUGCUGCCUCUUCUGUUUUAUAUAUCUGCACAAUUUUGAUAUACAAAUUUUGCAUUGACAUGACUCAAAAUU